CGCAGAGAACAGUGCGCGGAGCGGGCAGUCUGCAGUCUAUCAGUCUUGGAACGGAUUUGCUGGUGUGGAUGGUACUCAGUCGGACGGACUUCUCACCGGGUUGGAUUAAAAUCGCAUCAUGACUGGGAAGGAAUGAUAAUGGGAUGGAUAUGAAUAUGGGCCAGUGGGCAGGCAUGCGUGCCCCUCUCCUUGGCCUGGCCCUACCGCUGCUGUUGCUGCUCUUCAAGCCACCAUCUGGCUAUGGCCAGAACAUCCAGGGAGGUCCUCAGGAUGGACCUCACUUCAGCUUCACUCAGGCUGUAUACCAUGCUACGGUUUACGAGAACUCAGCAGCACGCACCUAUGCCAACAGUAAAGUUAAAAUGGGCAUCCACCUGGCACAGCGCUCCUGGGAGAUUCGCUAUAGAAUCACCUCAGGUGACGAUGAAGGGUUUUUCAAAGCAGAGGAGUAUAUGCUAGGGGACUUCUGCUUCUUACGGAUAAGGACUAAAGGUGGCAAUGCAGCUAUCUUGAACCGAGAGAUUCAGGAUAAUUAUGUAUUGACAGUAAAAGCCUCUGUCAAGGGAGAGGCCCUCCUUGAGACCUGGACUAAAGUCAGCAUCCAGGUCUUAGAUAUGAAUGACUUGCGACCCUUGUUCUCACCUACCACGUACUCUGUCACCAUAGCGGAGAGCACCCCUCUCAGGACUAGCAUAGCACAAGUUACUGCCACAGAUGCAGAUAUUGGCUCCAAUGGGGAGUUUUAUUAUUUUUUCAAGGAGAAAAUGGAGCUGUUUGCAGUACACCCAACCAGUGGAAUAGUGUCUCUCAGUGGAAAGCUCAAUGUUGAUGAACAGAACCGGUACGACUUAGAAAUCCUGGCUGUAGACCGCGGCAUGAAGCUUUAUGGAAAUAAUGGGGUCAGCAGCACAGCCAAGCUUUUUGUCCACGUAGAGCGUAUGAAUGAGCAUGCCCCAAUCAUGAAUUUGGUCACCUACAGCCCCUCGUUACCUGUUAAGAACUCUUUGUAUGUUAUGGUCACUGUUGAGGACCUAGAUGAAGGCUUAAAUGGAGAAAUUGACUCAGUGGUUAUUGUUGGUGGAGACCCCUCAAAUAAUUUUUUCGUAGAAAGAACUGAGGAAGGUGAGUUUGCCAUAAAGGCGUCUAGGUCAUUAAACUGGGAGAUUUACCCAUAUGGAUGUAACCUCAGUUUACAAGCAAAAGAUAGGGGAACCCCACAGAAAUUCUCUGCCGUUAAGGUUGUCCGCAUUACGGCCAAGGAAUGGCAGACAGCAGAAGCUAAGUUUGAGCGGGACUUUUAUGAUGUUUGUCUGAAUGAAAUUUCACCACCAGGCACAAUUGUUGAGGCUGUUAAAAUUAAGCCAGAGCCUUAUAAUGCAGAAUAUAUUCUAAAACCUUCUGCUGAUUCAGCGUUCUUUAAAAUGAACACCCUAACAGGUGUAAUCUCUACCACUCGCUGGUUUACUCAGGGGAACCAGCAUGUUUUUAAUCUUGAGGUAUUGGAAAUAGGUAGUGAGCUCAGCGUUAGAGUGCAGAUAACUAUUCAGGAUGCCAAUGACAACUCGCCAACUUUUGAUCAGUCCUAUUAUGAAAUGUUGGUCAAUGAAAGUGUACCAGUUGGGAGCAAUAUAUUAACAGUUUCUGCUGUGGAUGAGGAUAAAGGAGAAAAUGGAUACAUAACAUACAGCAUUUCCAGUCUCCAUCCAGUACCUUUCAAAAUCAACCAGUUUUCUGGUAUCAUCAGCACCACUAAAGAAUUGGACUUCGAAUCCUCAUCAGAGAGCUUUAUGUUUGUUGUAAGAGCAUCUGACUGGGGGUCACCUUACAGGAGAGAGAGUGAAGUCAAUGUAACAAUACACCUGGAAAAUGUAAAUGAUAACCAUCCACUAUUUGAGAAGAUUGCAUGCCAGGGGGUGAUCUCUAGGGAUUUCCCAGUAGAUGAAGUGAUUACCACAAUGUCAGCAAUUGAUAUAGAUGAGUUAGAGCUAGUCAAAUAUAAAAUAAUUUUAGGGAACGAAUUGGGGUACUUUGACCUCAACCCAGAUUCAGGGGUCCUCUCACUGCGACGUUCUCUUGCUACAGCUAGUCCAAAGAAUGGUAUCUUUAGUCUUAAAAUAACUGCCACAGAUGGUGAGAAUUUUUCUGAUCCGAUGUUUGUUAACAUCUCAGUUGUUCAUGGGAAAUCUCCCCCUAAAAGUUUUAACUGUAAAGAGACAAGGGUUGCCCAAAAGUUGGCUGAAAAGUUGCUCAAAAAGUCCAAAGCUAACAACAAGCUUAAAAUAGAGGAAGGUUUUAUUGACCUUUUCUCUGUCAAUCGGCAAAUGCCCCAGUUUGACAAAGCUUUUCCCACAGAUAUUGCUGUGCAGGAAGACUUAAAAAUUGGCUCAAGCGUUUUCAAGGUAAAUGCCUAUGAUGGUGACACAGGUUUCAAUGGUGAGAUUCUAUACUCUAUUUCAGAUGGAAACAUUGACAGUUGUUUUACCAUCGACAUGGAAACUGGCCUUAUCAGUGUCUUCUUGCCCAUGGACAGAGAAAAGAGGGAUCGCUAUCUUCUCAACGUAACCAUCUAUGACCUUGGCCUACCACCGAAAUCUGCCUGGCGUUUGCUUACUGUCUACAUAGAGGAUGCUAAUGAUAAUGCACCCCAGUUUCUGCAAGACAGAGGCUAUGUAAUUGUCAUACCUGAAAACACUGCCAUAGGUACAGAUGUCAUCCAGGUUGAUGCCAGUGACAAAGAUCUUGGACCCAAUGGGGAAAUUGUGUACUCUGUUUUGUCUAGUACCUCCCAGUUUGGUAUCAAUUCCAGCAAUGGGAUAGUGUAUGUUGCUGGCCAACUAGACAGGGAGUUUGUUUCAGCUUUUAACCUGAAGAUUGAAGCGCGCGACAAAGCAGAAAAAGGGAGCCAGAGGUUUUCUGUGACCACUUUAAAAAUCAUAUUGGAGGAUGUCAAUGACUGCCCUCCACUUUUUAUCCCAAGUGUGUACAAAGCCAGAGCUCUGGAGGAUCUUCCAGUAGGAACAGUUGUGGCCUGGUUAGAAACCCAGGACCCGGAUUUGGGUUUGGGAGGGCAGGUCAGGUACUCUUUAGCCAAUGACUACAAUGGAUGGUUUGAGAUAGACAGGACCAGCGGAGCUAUUCGACUGAAUAAAGAGUUGGACUAUGAGACCCAGCAGUUCUACAAUCUCACUGUGAAGGCUAAAGACAAGGGGAGACCUGUCUCUCUUCUUUCUGUCACCUUUGUGGAAAUUGAGGUUUUAGAUGUAAACGAAAACCUCCACACUCCAUACUUUUCCCACUUCGCCUUGACAGGUUUAGUGAAAGAAAAUGCCAGGAUUGGAACUGCCCUACUCCAAGUCAGUGCUAAUGAUGAGGACACAGGAAGAGAUGGAGAAGUUCAGUACACAAUCAAUGAUGGGAGUGGACUGGGACGAUUUGCUAUUGAUGAAGAGACAGGAAUGAUCUACACCACCGAUAUGUUGGACCGUGAGACCAAGGACUCCUAUUGGCUCACAGUGUAUGCCAGUGACCGUGGUGUGGUUCCCCAGUUUGCAACUACUGAGGUGUUUAUCCAGGUGGAGGAUGUUAAUGACAAUGCCCCACUGACCUCAGAGCCACUUUACCGACCCUCAGUUCCCGAGAACUCUCCGCGUGAUGUUUCUGUGAUCAAGAUCCAGGCCCAGGACCCUGAUGCCACACCGCCUCUUACGGCCGAUAGGCUCAACUACCGCAUCAUCAGCGGAAACCCACAGAACUUCUUCACUAUCAACACCCGGACUGGAUUGAUAACUACAACCCCAAGGAAACUAGACCGUGAACAACAAACAGAGCACAUUUUAGAGGUGUUGGUGUCUGAUGGCGGCCCUAGUCCCAGGCAGAGUACAGUAUGGGUGAUGGUUCAGGUCCUAGAUGAAAAUGACAACAAGCCCACAUUUCCUGAGAAGGUCUACCAGGUCAAACUUCCAGAGAGAGAGCGGAGAAAGAAGGGGGAGCCCAUCUAUCGAGUGUUCGCUUAUGACCGGGAUGACGGGCCAAACAGCGACCUCUCCUACAGCAUCGUGGAUGGCAAUGAGGAUGGGAAGUUCUUCAUUGACCCAAAGACUGCAGUUGUAUCUUCACGCAAGGCUUUCAGUGCUGGAAGCUACGACAUCCUGACUAUCAAAGCAAUGGACAAUGGACGUCCUCAAAAGUCCUCCACAGCUCGCCUACACAUAGAGUGGAUCCGUCGACCCCCUCCCUUGACCCUGCCUCUGCUCUUCGAUGAGCCACUCUACAAUUUCACCAUCAUGGAGAAUGACAAGGUGGCUGAAAUUGUGGGUGUGGUGUCACUGCAGCAGAGCUCCACCUCCUUGUGGUUUGACAUCACAGGUCCCAGGUCUUUCCGUGAGAUGUUCUAUAUUCUGCAGAGUGCUUGUGGCAGGAACUGUUCCUCAGAAGGUGGGAACACCGACAGUGUGUUUGAUGUAGAGAAAGCUGUGGGUACCAUCAUAAUUGCCAAGCCUCUAGAUGCUGAACAGCAUUCCUUCUACAACCUGACGGUGCAAGCCACAGAUGGGAGCAACACUGCAUACACACAGGUUCAUGUCACUGUUAUGGACAACAAUGACAACCCUCCCAUCUUCUCCCAACCGACCUACGAUGUCACUAUAUCUGAAGACACGCCACCAGACACUAAGGUGGUCCAGGUCAUGGCAACUGACCGUGAUGAGCAUCACCGGCUGACCUACUCUCUGCAGAGCUCCAUUGACCCCAAUAGCAUGCGACUUUUCAGCAUUCACCCCACCCUGGGUACCAUCUACACUGCUCAGAGGCUGGACCAUGAGGCCUGUGCCCAGCACAUCCUUACUGUCAUUGUAAAAGACCAAGAGUUCCCAUACAGAAAAAACCUGGCUCGUGUGUUAAUAGAAGUGGAAGAUAUAAAUGAUCAUGUACCCAUAUUUACCAGUUCUCUGUAUGAAGGCUUUGUCUAUGAGUCAGCAGCAAUUGGAUCAGCCGUGGUCCAGGUUACUGCCCUGGAUAAAGACAAAGGCGAGAAUGCAGAGAUACACUACUCAAUUGAAGCAGGGAACAAUGGAAAUGCAUUUCAUAUGGAAUCAGUUUUGGGACUCAUUACUGUUGCACAUGACCUGGACCUGUCCAGCAUAGGCCAUUAUGUUCUCACUGUCAGAGCUACUGAUCAUGGCUCCCCUCCACUGUCCACCACCACUAUAGUGCGGAUUGCUGUCACCCUAUCAGACAAUGCUGGCCCAAAGUUCCCUCAGCCUGAGUACCAAGCUGAGAUCGUAGAGAAUGCAGCUGUGGGGACCUCUAUCACCACAGUCAGUGCGCUCAGCCAGUCAACCCUCACGUAUGAUAUCAAGCAAGGCAACACCAAUCGUUUUUUUCAGAUAAAUCAGUACAGUGGAGUUAUUACUACUCAAAUGCCUCUAGACUAUGAGACUACAGCAUCUUUCACCCUUAUAGUCCAGGCUAUCAACAUGGCUGGCAUGGCGUCCAAUGCUACUCUCCUAAUCCAGCUAGUUGAUGAGAAUGAUAACCCACCAGUUUUCCAGCAGCUUCACUAUCGUGGCAGCAUCAGUGAGGCAGCACCAGUCAACAGUGUGGUCUUAAACCCAGAUGACUCUCCUCUUGUAAUCAAGGCCACUGAUGCUGACCACAACCAAAAUGCUUUGUUGGUCUACCAAAUUGUUGAGGACACUGCAAAAAUGUUCUUCACAAUAGACUCUGGAACUGGCUCCAUCAGAACCAUUGCAAAUCUAGACCAUGAGACAUUUGCCACCUUCUACUUCCAUGUCCAUGUGAGGGACAGUGGCAGGCCGCAAUUGACAGCAGACAGUCCAACUGAAGUCACAAUACAAGUGAUUGACACUAAUGAUUCCCCACCACACUUCACCCAGAAUACCUAUGAAACAAUUCUGCUACUCCCCACAUAUGUGGGAGUAGAAGCAUUGCAGGUUUCAGCCACAGAUCCUGACAAAGAUGUCUCUACAGAGCUUACCUACUCUCUGACUGAUGGAGCACUGGAGCAUUUUGCCAUUAAACCUUCCAGUGGAGUCAUCAUAGUCAAACAUGUUAACUUCUCCAAAGAACGUUUUCGCUUCAGUGUCAAAGUUUCAGAUGGGAAAUUCUCUAGCACAGCUUUUGUGACCAUUCUUGUCCGAGAAGCUCUGGAUUCUGGUCUCAUAUUCACCCAUAGCCUUUACUCUUCAUCUAUUGAAGAGAAUGUUUCAAAUAUCACCAAGGUGGCUGUGGUCAAUGCUGUGGGAAACCAUCUAAAUGAACCAUUGAAGUAUACCUUGUUGAAUGCUGGUACAUGCUUCACAAUCCGUCCAACUUCUGGCGUGAUCCAAACCACGGGUAUACCCUUUGAUCGUGAAGAGCAAGAGUUCUAUGAACUAGUUGUUGAGGCUAGAAGGGAGCAUGACCGUCUGCACGUGGCCAGAGUUAUGGUUAGAGUCCAAGUUGAGGAUGUGAAUGAUAAUGUCCCUGUGUUUGUAGGACUUCCUUAUUAUGCAGCUGUUCAAGUAGAGGCUGAGCCAGGAUCACCCAUUUUCAGGGUAAUGGCAGUAGACGUCGACAAAGGGAUUAAUGGAGAGGUGUCUUACUAUCUCAAGGAUGACCACGGUCACUUUGAAAUCAAUCAACAGACAGGUAGUCUUAUACUCAAGAGAGCUUUUGAGUCUGACUUGUCCAAUGUGGAGUACCAGAUGGUGAUAUAUGCCAGAGAUGGUGGUUAUCCAUCUCUCUCAUCUACUGUAGAGUUCCCCAUCACCGUAGUCAACAAAGCCAUGCCUGUCUUUGACAAAUCAUUUUAUUCUGUCUUUGUAAAUGAGGAUGUGGCUGUGCACACCCCUAUCCUUGGCAUCAAUGCCACUAGUCCUGAGGGUCAAAACAUCAUCUAUACCAUUGUUGAUGGAGAUCCAUAUCUUCAGUUUGACAUUGGUUUUGAUACUGGAGUUAUAAGUGUCAUCCACUCUUUGGACUAUGAAGCAGUAUCCUCUUACCACCUGACUGUUAGAGCCACAGACUAUCUGACUGGUGCACGUGCUGAGGUUGAUGUAGAUGUGGUUGUCCAGGAUGCAAAUGAUAACCCUCCUAUCUUCCAGAAAAUGUCAUACAGAGUAGUUCUGUCUGAAACAGCCAUGAUUGGAACUCCAGCACUUCAAGUUAUUGCCACUGACAAAGACUCGGAGAAGAACAAUGUUGUCCGCUACCAGAUCUUCUCAGAUGUGCAUAACAGCACGGACUACUUUCACAUUGAUAGUAGCAGCGGAUUGAUCCUCACAGCACGUAUGCUAGACCCUGAACUAGUCCAGAGGUAUGACUUUAUUGUCAGGGCCACCGAUAAUGGCUUCCCAUCAUUGAGUAGUGAAGUAUCAGUCAUAGUUGUGGUGAAUGACAUGAAUGACAAUCCUCCAGUUUUCAACCAGCUGCUCUAUGAGGCAUAUGUGAAUGAAUUAGCACCUAGGGGUCACUUUGUAACCUGUGUCCAGGCCUCAGAUGCUGACAGCUCUGAUUUUGACAAGUUGGAGUACAGCAUUUUAUCGGGAAAUGAAAAAAUGAACUUCGUGAUGGACAUAAAAACAGGAAUUAUCACAUUGUCUAGCCACCGAAAGCAAAGAAUGGACCCUGUCUACAGCCUCAAUGUUUCAGUGUCUGAUGGGGUGUUCACCAGCACUGCACAGAUUCAUGUUAAGGUGUUGGGGGCCAACCUGUAUAGUCCAGUGUUUGGCCAGACUGUGUAUGAAGCUGAGUUAAGAGAGAAUGCUCCUGUUGGAACCAAAGUUAUACAGGUUAAGGCAACAGAUGCAGACCCUGGAGUGUUUGGUCACAUCAUUUAUUCCUUCAUUAAUGAUAUUGGCAUGGACAAAUUUAACAUUGAUGCAAGUGGUCAAAUCACCACUGUGGAAAAGCUUGAUCGUGAGGACCCAGGAUAUAAGGACAUUAUCUUGACAGUCGCAGCCAAAGACUCAGGUGGAUUUGUCUCUUACUGCACAGUGCAAGUUACUCUGUUGGAUGUUAAUGAUAAUGCGCCACACUUCUGCGCAACAGAGUACCGAGCUUCACUCAAAUCAGAUGUAGCUAACGGUUUUUUGGUGACACAGAUUCAGGCUUAUGAUCCUGAUGAUGGCAUUAACGCUAAAGUGACAUAUUCCAUUUACAGUGAGGCACAUGUUCCUGUGAUAGAUAUUCUGGAGAUAGACCCUGACAAUGGUUGGAUGGUGACCAAAGGCAGCUUUAGCCACUUGAGGAACACUGAAUUAUCUUUUUUUGUGAAGGCUGUGGAUGGAGGCAAUCCAGUCAGGCAUGCUUUAGUAUCUGUUUACAUCCAUGUUCUUUCUCCAGAUGCCUUUAUUCCUUCUUUUGGCCAACAUCAGUACUUAUUUAACAUACCAGAAGACACCCCCAUAGGUUCACCCAUAGGGACAGUGCAUCUAAGUCCUCCUCCUGGAUAUGUCUCAGUUUCUGCUACCUUUGCCCUGGUUAAUGGAGAGACAGCAGAAAACAACCAAGAUGCCAUGUUUGUGGUGGAAAAAGAUACAGGUUUAAUCAAGCUUGAUAAGCCCUUGGACCAUGAAAUGAUCAAAAGAUACCACUUCAAAAUCACUGCCACUGUACAGCAGGCUAUACUGGAUUCUGUGACUUCUAUUGAUGUUGAAGUCAAAGUGUUGGAUCUCAAUGACAACAAACCCAUCUUUGAGGCCAACUCCUAUGAGGCCACAGUUAUGGAGGGAACUUCAGUUGGAACCAGAAUCGUUCAAGUCCAAGCCCUCGAUACAGACUCAGGGGCCAAUGGUCAGGUUAUAUACAGUCUUGGGGUUUUAAUACAGCCAGAAGGGGAUUUAGACACACUGGUUGGCACCUUUAGCAUUGACAGCAACACAGCCUGGAUCUCCACAAGCAAGGAUGUGGACCAUGAGACCAAUCCAUCCUACACAUUCACAGUGGUGGCUUCAGACCUUGGGGAGACCCGGUCUCUUUCCAGUACGACCACAGUGACCGUUGCAGUGUCAGACAUCAAUGACAACCCACCAAGGUUUUUGGAGCAACACUACUUCGGUUCAGUUCAGGAGAGUGACCCACCAGGUGAGGUUGUGGCUGUGCUGAACACCAGGGAUGAUGACAGCUCUGCUGUUAACCGACAAGUCAGCUACCACAUCACAGGUGGGAACUAUCGUGGUGUCUUUGCACUGGGUCUGGUUCAGGGUGAAUGGAAGAUGUAUGUGAAGUGGCCACUGGACAGGGAGGAGUGCAGCCUUUACAUAAUCAAUGUAACCGCUAGUGAUGGACUCUUCGUUUCCCAAGCAACGGUGGAGGUGACAGUGUUAGACACCAAUGACAACAGCCCCAUUUGUAACCAGGCUGUGUACACUGCCUCUAUUCCAGAGGACAUCCCAGUCAGCAGUGUGCUGCUGAGGGUUGGAGCUACCGAUGCAGAUAUAGGCAUCAAUGCAUGGAUCAAGUACUCCUUACAUGGUCCUGGAUCCCAGGACUUCAGCAUGGACGUGGACACUGGUGAGGUGAAGUCAUCUGCGAUUCUUGACCAUGAAAUUACACCCAGCUACAGGCUGGUUGCCCAGGCAACUGAUGGUGGUGGGAGAGGGUGCCGUGCUGAGGUGCAGCUAACAGUGACUGAUGUGAAUGACAAUCCACCAAUCUUCACUCAGUCACAGUACACUGCAAGCGUCUAUGAAGACACAGCCACCAAAGCCCUGCUGACUCGAAUCCAGGCUAUAGACCCUGAUGAAGCAGGCCCUGGCCGUAUAGUGAUAUACUCACUGGCUGACUCUGCAGGAGGUUCUUUCUCCAUUGAUAAGUCCUCAGGCAUUGUGAUCCUUGAACGCAUUCUUGACCGUGAGGUUCAGCCCGCUUACCAAAUAACAGUCCUUGCGUCUGACUUGGGUUCACCGCAGCCCCUCUCCUCAUUGGUCAAUGUCACAAUCACUGUGCUGGACAUCAAUGACAACCCACCUGUGUUUGAGCGCCGUGAUCAACUGGCGACAGUGCCGGAAGAUGUAGGAGUCGGAACAGAGGUUCUGAGAGUUUAUGCUGCCAGCAAGGACAUCGGAACCAACGCUGAGAUCACUUACAGCAUUCGAUCAGGCAAUGAGCAUGGGAAAUUCCACAUCAACCCACUGACUGGUGCCAUUGUAGUUGCCCAGUCUCUGGACUAUGAGACAUGCAGGGACUACUUCCUGACAGUGGAGGCUUGUGAUGGCGGCACACCACCACUGAGUGCCAUCACCACAGUGAACAUAAAUGUGACAGAUGUCAAUGACAAUGCACCCAUGUUUAGCUCUGACCUUUACACUGCGGUUGUGUCAGAGGACGCUAUUAUUGGAGAGUCUGUCGUCCAGUUGGUAGCAGAGGAUGUUGACAGUCAGCUGAAUGGAGCCAUCCUUUACUCCAUCAUCAGCGGAGACCGAGGCAACCAGUUUUUCAUUGACCCACUCCACGGGGUCAUCAAAGUCAACAAGCAGCUGGAUCGUGAGACAGUUCCCAGCUACUCUUUGGCCAUCAGAGCUCUAGAUAGUGGAAUCCCACCCAUGUCCUCCACCGUGAUGGUCAACAUAGAUAUCUCUGACAUCAAUGACAACCCACCCAUCUUCUCUCCGGCCAAUCUCACUGCUGUCACACAGGAAAACAAGCCAAUUGGCACCAGUAUCCUGCAGUUGUCCAUCACAGAUCAGGACUCCUCCCACAAUGGUCCACCCUUUGACCUCCACAUCCUGUCAGGAAACGAAGGUGGAGAGUUUGUACUGGAGAAAGAUGGAACACUGGUGGCCAAUCAAGUGCUCAGGAGGGACCUGGCAACUGAAUAUGUCAUUCAGAUACAGGUGACAGAUUCAGGGAAGCCUCGUCUUUCUUCGUCUUCCAUCCUUACUAUUAGGGUGAUUGAGGAGAGCCUCCAUCGGCCAGUGGCUUUGCCACUCCAAGUUCAUAUCGUCACUAUGGAGGAUGAGUUUCCUGGUGGUGUGAUUGGCCAGCUGCACGCCACUGACGCUGACCCCUAUGAUGCACUGACCUUUGGCCAUGCCCCCCCAUCACAGCGCAGUCUCUUCAAGAUCAGUCCUCGUGAUGGCAAGAUCAUCGCCCUUGGAGGGCUGGAUGCAGGCAGGUACUCCCUCAAUGCCAGCGUUAGUGAUGGCCGCUUUGCUGUACCUGUACCUGUAAGUGUGCACGUGGAGCAGGCAACACCAGAGAUGUUGCAUGAGGCGGUGACGGUACGCUUUGAGAGCGUGGCUCCACAAGACUUUGUGGCAUUGCACUUGAAGAGCAUGUUGAAGGUGCUGCAACAGGCUGCUGCUUCGCAACAGCAGGACACAGUCCACCUGCUCAGUCUGCAACCAGUCGGUGGGACCCAACAGUUGGACAUGCUUAUUGCCGUGGAAAAAGCAGGGGAUGGGUACUACAAGGCAGCAUACCUCACCCAGAAACUCAGUGCAUCACGGCGGCAGCUCGAGGAAGUCCUCCGAGUGUCAGCCAUCCUGGAUAAGAACUGCUCGGGACUGGAAUGCCGCGGGGCACAGUGUGAACAGAGCAUCAUCCUGGACUCACACAACCUGGCUACAUAUAGCACCCCACGUGUCAGCUUUGUCUCACCACGCUUCCACCGGACCUCACGCUGCACAUGCACUGAUGCCAGCUGUACUGUCCUAUCAGGACAGUGUGAGGGCAAUCCGUGCCCAGCAGACAUGCAGUGUGUUUCCAUUGAGGCCACCAGAGGGACCUAUGCAUGCCAGUGUCCAUCAGGGAAACUUGGAGAAUGUGCAGGCCAUUCAUCUCUGAGUUUCUCAGGUAACAGUUACAUCAAGUACAGACUGUCUGAUCGGCUGCAGACAGAGCUGAAACUCAACCUUAGGAUCAGAACACUUCAGAGCCAAGGAAUCAUCAUGUAUACGCACACUGAACCCUGCAUCAUGCUAAAGUUGGAGGAGGGGAAGCUGUGGUUCCAGCUGGCCUGUGGCCUAGACGGUGAUGAUGACACUCCUGACAUGUUGGGCAUCUCUGGCCGUCGCAUCAAUGAUGGCAGCUGGCACACAUUGGCCCUGGAGUUAGAUCGCAACUUCAGCAGCUUGGCGCUAGAUGACAGCUACAUUGAGCGACGCCGUGGACCACCAUUCAUACGACCACUUGGGCUUGACAGAACCAUCUACUUUGGAGCACUGGUGCAGAACCCCAACUCUCGCAGCCUCAUGGACAGCCAAAAGGACCUUUUGGUGCUUGAGGGUUUUCAGGGCUGCCUGGACUCGGUCAUGCUAAACAACAAUGAGCUCCCACUGCAAAACAAACGCUCACGUCAUGCAGAGGUGGUUGGACUGACAGAGAUGAAGCUGGGCUGCAUCCUCUAUCCCGAUGCCUGCCUACAAAAGCCCUGCCGCAAUGGAGCUACUUGCACUAGCCUGCCCUCUGGUGGGUUCUCUUGCAGCUGUGGCCCCCAGUACACUGGAGGGCGGUGUGAGAUGGAGAUAACAGCAUGUGUUCCCAACCCAUGUCAGAACAGUGGUGCAUGUAAGCCCAUUGGCAACGCCUUCCUCUGCAGCUGUAGGAGAGGCUUCAAGGGUCUGACCUGUCAGGAAGAUGUGAAUGAAUGUGACCCCAGCAAUCCAGAGGGCGAGUGUGAGAACGGCGGCCUUUGUGUUAACACUUAUGGUUCCUUCUACUGUAACUGCACGGCAGGCUUCGUGGGCCAACGCUGCAGCCUACGGCCUGUUGUUGUCCCUGACAUGCAGGCAGGUCAUGCUGUGGUUGGUAAAGAAGAGCUGAUUGGCAUUGCUGUAGUUCUUUUUGUCAUCAUCACCCUCGUUAUCCUCUUCAUUGCUUUCCGAAAGAAGGUCUUCCAAAAAGACUACACGCGCAACAAUCUAUCGCUGGUGCAGGACCCAGCCACUGCAGCACUCCUCAACAAGGCCAAUGGUGUUCAGUUCAAGACCCUACACUGCACACCAGGAGACCCCCUCAACCUUUACACAGAGCCAACAUUGGGUCCAACCAUGGUGGGGGCAGGUGUAAUAAUUGGACCUCCGCAGGUUCCUGUGAGGCCAAUGGCAUAUACACCUUGUUUCCAAGGAGACCCACGGUCCACGCUGGAGAGGAUGGUGGAUGGGCAUGGUGUUGAACAUACAGAGAUGAGCACCUUUCACCCUGAGUCACCGAGGAUCCUGUCAGGAACUACCAGGAGGGGAGUGGUGGUGUGCAGCGUGGCUCCCAACCUGCCACCAGUGUCACCCUGUCGGUCCGACUGUGACUCCAUACACAAGAGCCCAUGGGACAGUGACGAGGGUAAGAUGGUUGACAUGGCAGAAGAAGUAACAGGUAGCAACAAAGGCAGCAACUCUGAAAUCCAAUCACUAAGUUCCUUCCAGUCUGACUCCUGUGAUGACAAUGCCUCCAUAGUGACUGUCAUUCGACUGGUCAAUGAUGCAGUCGACACAAUCGAAAGUGAAGUGUCAGUUAUGGAUCAUGGUCAAACCUACAACAGAGCAUAUCACUGGGACACAUCAGACUGGAUGCCAAGCACCAGGCUGUCGGAUAUCGCAGAGGUGCCAGGCUACGAGGCAGGUCCUGGCAGCAAUGUGGUAGCCUCAGCUUCUCACCUUGGAGGAAGCACUCGUGAACUGGAGUCAGACUAUUACCUGGGAGGCUAUGACAUCGACAGUGACUACCCCCCUCCCCAAGAAGAAGAGUUCUUGAGCCAAGACCAGCUGCCACUUCCUCUACCCACAGGUGAAGACUUUCCUGAGCCUUACACACCAAUUCCUGCCAACCAUCCAGUCUCCAAGGAGAGCACCCUGAGCUCAUGCAGCACUGAGCAUCAGCAUGCCAGGCCACACUUCCACCCAAGCCAAUACUUGCCUCCACACCAGCUACCCCUUGGUGAGGUGCCCCACGGGAACUUCAGCACUUCAUUGAGUUGUGUAACCACGGGAAAUGGGGACACUGAUGAAUCUCUGCCAGUGAAUGUGCGACUAUCUGUUCGUGCCUCAUCAGCCUCGGACAUGCUGCCCCCGUGCGGGCUGGAUGAUUCUGAACAUUGCAGUGACUUUGACAGUAUGGACGAGCUUCGUCGAGGGGAGACCAUCAUCACUGACUCACAGCAACAGACCGAGGUGUGAUUGAUUGACCAGUACAGGGAUGUAUAAUGGGCCAGAAGGAGCAUAACAUUGGUUCAGAAGGCAGGAGAAGAAAUGCUUCUUUCAGCAAUGUUAGGCACUGCUACAACCAUAGACAUUAACAGUGACCUUAAAACCACAACUUAAUUAUUCCAAGUACUGUCACCUCUGUCAAGAAAAGGAAGUGUUAACCUGUCCCUGCUGUGGUGAACAAUAAGUGGGUCCUUCUUGUUCCAAUGUAAAUGAGAAGGAUCAAUUCAAAAGUGACUGCAUAUUACAGAUGCAGUUUAGAAAAUAAGACUAAAGAAAGGAGACAAUCAAGUAAGUGACAGGGUUGUUUCUUUCCCUGCACCUUCACAAAAGCCCAUCAGAGCAAUUCUUCUGACACAAAUCCCCCUUUUUUUUUGUUCCCCCUUGAUUUGUAAACUUUGUAUUGCUCCAAGAUUGUACAGGCUUUGUAGAAUAGAUGAUCUUACUGGUGAGUAAGUAUGAAACAGUGUUGUGGCCACAUUUAAAAAUCUCUUAUUUGUUUUAAUGUGGAAUGUGCUGGUUUCUUUUCCAAAAAACAAACAAACAAACAAAAUCAAGCCUUCCCCCCUUCUAGCCAUGGUCCAUGGUCCAGCCAUCCUCUGUCAUUUACCUGUCAUUGAUCUUUUUGCCUUAUUUUUUGUGCGAAAGCCAAGAGAUGCUAUAGUAGUCAAUAUAUUUAAGGCGUCAAGAUCACAAAUUAAUUGUCUUAGCUACAGAUAAAGAUUAUUACACUGCGAUUACACUGGAUGCACAGCCAUGCAAAACAUCCAGCAACCCCCACUAGAUGCGCUUUGAUUCCAGCAUGGCACAGCACUGCCAGACAGCUAGAGUCGCAAGACUGAGGAGUUCCAGUGAUAAUUACAUAAUCACUUGUGUCCAUGUUAUAGGUAUGUGUUAUGAACAUAACAACACAAAGUGUUCCCAACCUAAGGGUUAGUAGAAAAGCUUGUAUUUGUCUCUUUUUUGUUUUAUUUUGAAAAUGAACCAGAUGUUAUGUUGUUGUUUCAUUGCGUGACUUCCUGUCUGCUCUGUGCUGAAUUCGACUGAAUUGCUGCGUUCAGCAUUCUGGAGGGCUCCGGAGCUGGAAUGGAACAGAUGCACAGCGCAAUGGACCUGGUGGAAGUUAACACAUCAUCUAGUAUCUGGGGUUAUACUUGGAAAAAAUAUGUAAUUCAAAUAUUACCUGAAUAUAUGAAUACACACACACACACACACACACACACACACACACAUUUCUCUUGAAUUGAUGUGGAGCAGUUUUAUAUCUUCUUUAAGUAAAGGAUCUGGAUACUUCAUUCAUAUUUUCAACAAAAUACAAAUAUUUGACACAAAUAGCACCGUAACACCAAGUGCAUUUUCCUAUUAAAAUGACAUAAUACAUUUUUAUUCAGAGGUAGAGUAGUAAUGUUAAGAUAAAAUUCCUUAAAAUGUAUAUUAGCAACCACAUCUGCUCUCAGCAUCAGUCAUUAUGUUGUGGAUUUGUAUUAGUGAUUGAAGUAAGCUUUUUUGUGCCAUGUUCUAAAAUCCUACAUGCAUGCAGGCAAUAUGUCAUUGUAAUUGUUCAAUCUAGGUGAAAAAAAAACAUUGUGAAGGAAACAAUGCCAUUGCUUUGGAAAUAUAUGACAAAAAUAAUUGACAAGCACCAACCGUUUAGGCUAUAAGCUGGAGUUGUUGUCCAUAUUUGGUCUUGUUCCCCCCCCACCUAAUAUUUUUAACACAUCAUUCCCCAAAACAUAUGCGGAGCAGACCCAUUUUUAGCAGUAAUGCGUCCCAGUGUUCUGUUUCUUUUUAGCAUCUUCACCAUGACUGCAAACAGAAGUCAAAACCUUAUCCAGGGCACUAAUGGAAUGUUUUCCAUUUUGCCUCCAGGACCGAUAGCACAUUCAAAUGCUUCUGAUCAUCACUGUAUUUUACUAUAAUCUGCCUGAUCAGUUCAGGUAUGCCAUUCCUUACUUCUUUCUACAGGAUGUUUUACUUUAAAUCUCUGUACAGUGUACAUAGUUAGGUUGUUAAAGUGCAGAUUUUGUAGUUAUGGAAAUGCGCCUUUUUUCUUUUUUUCUUUUCAGGGGACUGUUUGAUGUGAAUGUGGACAGUAAGAUACUGUUGAAUAUCAAUUAUUUCCACAUAAUUCCUCUGUCACUGACUGCCUGAAUGCAGUUUCAAUAUUAUAGAUUAAUUUUGCACAGUAUUAAAUCCAGAUGUCCCAGAAAACGUUUUUUAUUUUGUUUUGUCAAAACAUGUUUAUGGUUACAACAGAAUCUUUUUAUACAGUUCUUUAAUCUGUAUUGUUUGAUGAAUUCCCGAUGUUCAAGGAUAUUGGGCAGUGUCAAAAUAUGUCCUUUAUCUGCACAAACUGAGUAUACAAAGUAAUUGCUUUUGUUAAGCUUUUUUUUUCUCAGUUCACUCAAAAUAAAAAGAUUCUUGUGCACCAUA